AUGGUUAAGAACACCAUGAGGAAUAAUGAAACUAUAUGUAUAUGCAUUAGGCAACUUAACAUAACGAAAUUACAACUUGACCAUCAAGACAAGUUAUCUACAACUGUAUUCUUGCUUUUGAGGAUUUCAAACAAAAACGAGAAGCUUACAUUGUUGUAUAGCCCUCUUGAUGUUCUUGUCAACAGCCAAGGCAUCAAAUUAGGCGAAGAUCGUAUCGAUAAGUUCUCUCAGAAACCUCAAAAUGAUACAGAUUACCAUAUAAAAAUGGAAAAUAAGAAUGCUGACGUGGACAGACAUGCCGUUGAAGAAUUGAACUCUGAUAUUCAAGCGAAGGAAGUGAUGUAUGAUAUAUUUGUUGGCGGAAAAAUUGGUUUAAAGUUGGGGGGUUUGGAAAUGGCUAAUGUCCCAUUCUUGGCUUCUUGUCGUCAUAUCAAACAAUCCGAUGUGAAUUUGGGAAGAAGACCUGAGUGUGACCUCCGAAUGUUUGGUUUCAGGCCUUCAAAUAACUGAUGACAUGCAAAUUUUGCUCAACCAAUUUCAUAUUCAUUCAUUGCACCCUUCACAUUCAUCUAGUUGACAGAUUCAUAGAAAAAAAAAAAAGGGUUUAUGCAUAGCCAAAUUAAACCAUUAGAGACAAUGUAUAUGUUUCAAGUUUCCAAUCUAGACAUAUAUUUUGUUUC